AUAGCAGGAGAAACGAUAGUUGAGCUAGCGAAAUAAGCUAACCCGAAAAUUCAAACACUAUCCCCGACUGAGACCCUGUAAACUCAAGAUUUUAGUCUAAUUCCAAAUAGACAACAUCGUUACCUUAUGGUUAAGUUUUUGUUUUCGAAUUAAACAAGAUGUCAACCCCAGCUCGACGGCGUUUGAUGAGAGAUUUUAAACGACUCCAAGAGGAUCCUCCGGCAGGAGUUAGCGGAGCCCCAUCAGAAAACAACAUCAUGGUCUGGAAUGCUGUUAUUUUUGGCCCAGAGGGAACACCUUUUGAAGAUGGAACUUUCAAACUCACAAUAGAAUUUACAGAGGAGUAUCCGAACAAACCUCCCACAGUGCGGUUUGUAUCCAAAAUGUUUCACCCUAAUGUUUAUGCAGAUGGUAGUAUAUGCUUGGACAUUCUUCAGAACCGCUGGAGUCCAACAUAUGACGUUUCUUCAAUUUUAACAUCUAUACAGUCUUUACUGGACGAGCCGAACCCAAACAGUCCUGCCAACAGCCAGGCAGCUCAGCUGUACCAGGAGAACAAACGAGAGUAUGAGAAACGCGUGUCUGCCAUCGUGGAACAGAGCUGGCGUGAUUGUUGACCACCCCGCCCCGAACGUUCAAAGUUUAAACAGUACCUGGCCUCAGCCAUCAAGAGGAAAACCAUUGCGCAAAGAAUAAAAUAAAUACACAUCAUGUUUUGAAUCCUCCUCUUACUCUGUAGAGUUGUCUGUUCUGUAGCUGUUGCAAAGUUAGAGUGCUGUUGUGUUGUGGUCUCCCUCUUCAUGCAGAAUCUUAUUCUUUGACAAGAACGUUUCUUAAUUCAACAAAAUGUACCUUGCCUCCUCAAGGUUACUUGCUCUAAGCAUUUCUUUGAUCUAUCCUUGAAAGUCUCCAUGCAGGAGUUGGUCAUGAACAUAAGCUGUUUGGUUUUGGUUUGCUCCUAAAGUGUGGCCUGAUUGCAUUUAGGAUGCCAGUGGUUGCUCAGGUUGUGGUUUCCUGUGUGAAUCUUGCUUUAUGGAAAUACCCCUGCUUGAAUCCAUUUUAUCUCUUUGUUUGUAUCAAAAGUUCCUGUUCCUCCAAAUCUGAUUUAAAUGCCAAGGAAUUACAAGAUGGUCUCGCAGAAAACAGGCUAAUAUCAGUUCCAGUGUCAUAACAGAUUCUUUUACUUUCAUCUUUGCAGACAUUACUGCACUGAAAUAUAAGCUAAAGACACAAUUCUGUGAGACUAAAGUUGUACUAAAAUGUGAAUAUUUUAGCUCUUUUUAAAAACUUGAUAACUGUUUAUGAAUUUGAAAUUAUUUAAUGCUUACAAAGAUGAGUCUUUCUUACCCAAAUUGAAAUGGCAUGCUACUGUUCUAAAAGGACUGUCACAAGACUUCCCUGUUAAUUUCACAAAGCCCUUGCCAUGAGCCUAGGACUUGGAAUGUAACAAAAAUGGUACUGAUGUACUUGCAGACUGUAUGCAUCUUCAUUCUGUUCUGUUUGUGUUGUUUUCCCCAUUGCAUGACAAUUUGGCCAUUUUCUUCCGUUCUAAUUUGAGUGCAGUUUGUUUUUAUUUUUCUGUCACAUGUGGAUUGCUGAUCUGACUGCCUUGGCAUGAUACUGUUUUAUGUUUUUUCUAAUGCAGUGUCCAUCUUAAUUAAUUUGGGUCAUUAUUUUUCAAAUGCACAUCCUGAGUUCGAGUGUCAGAUUUGCACUAGUAAUUCAUGUAAGAAACUGUACAUUUUCUCACUUCUUGUAAAUAAACAGUAAAAUAAG